GUGACGUGAUGACGUGGCGCUCUGGGCGCCUCCGCCCUCCCGGGCUCCAGUCCGGCGGCGGGAGGUCUGGGGCGGCGCUUCGGUUUGUGGGAGCCGCCGUGGUGUGAAGGCGCGAGGCCGGUGGGAAGGGUCGGCCCUUGUAGCCUCCUCCUCCGGGUCUGCGGCUCCCCGUCCCAGAUGGACAGGGUGUGCGCCGUGUUCGGAGGCUCCCGGGGCAUCGGCAGGGCGGUGGCCCGCUUGAUGGCCCAGAGAGGUUACCGACUGGCCAUCGUCGCCCGGAAUCUGCAGGGGGCCAGAGCCGUGGCCGGGGACCUGGGCGGAGAUCAUUUGGCAUUGAGCUGUGAUGUUGCCAAAGAACAUGAUGUUCAAAAUACAUUUGAAGAGAUAGAGAAAAACUUAGGUCGAGUUAACUUCUUGGUAAAUGCAGCUGGAAUUAACAGGGAUAACCUCUUAGUAAGGACAAACGCCGAAGAUAUGCUAUCUCAGCUUCAUACUAACCUCUUGGGCUCCAUGCUGACCUGUAGAGCUGCCGUGAAGACAAUGAUUAAACAGCAGACAGGGUCCAUUGUGAAUGUGGGAAGCGUUGCAGGUGUAAAAGGCAGUUCUGGCCAAUCCGUGUACAGCGCCAGCAAAGGCGGGCUAGUUGCAUUCUCACGCGCUCUUGCUAAAGAAGUAGCAAGAAAGAAAAUUAGAGUGAAUGUAGUUGCGCCAGGGGACGAUAUAUAUGAAUUUGAAGAAGCUGCAGUUAGAGUUUUAGGGCAGUAAAACUGCUCUGCGCGAGACUGUAGUGGUGGAUACGUGAUGAGAUGCAUUUGUGAGAACAUAGACCUGUCCAACGCAAAGGGCGGCCCCUGAGGUAAACCAUGACUUCACUUAAUAGCGUAUCAGUCAGUGUUGGUUCACCAGAUGCAGUGUGCUAAGGCAGGGUGUUAAUAAUUGGGGGGUGCCCGGGGAAGGCGGUGUGAUAUGAGGUAUGUGGGGACUCCCUCCACUUUCUGAUCAGUUUUUUUGUAAACCUAAAGCUGCUCUAAAAAAUAAAGUCUAUUAAUUUAAGAAGAAAAAAAAAAAGCUGCUGACAGUGAGAGGACGGUGCUUGCGUUUGGGACAGGUUCCUGCCCUCUGUAUCCGACAUCAUGGUCCAGGAGGAGCAGCCAGCGUUGGGGACGGCUUCCCUCCCUCUCAGCCUGGCCUCCGCCCCCCACUGCACUUUGAGGCUUUCAGCGCAGGGUCCAGCGCUGGCCGGCAGCUAUCCCGUGAGGCCUGUCCGUCCGGCUGUCCGUUCUCAGUGGGAGAGGCUGUGGAACUCCCCCUGUGAAAUGACGCCCUGGUCCUCCCCUCGGUGGGAGCGGUGGAGGGAGAGCCAGCCCGCGGGGCGGGGGCCCGAGCAGCCUGACCCGGUGCUGGACCCGCGGGCUCCGCUCUCUCCUCGACAGAUCUGACCCCUCACGGACGUGAGCCCAGGCCGUGGUGUCGGACGAGGCCUGUCUCCUGUCGGGAGCACGCGUGUGUCAGUCUGUCUGCCGCGGUGGCUGGCUCCCGUGGCUCUCUGGAGGACCAGGUCUGUCCCACGGCCGCGUCUCCGUGGCAGAGGCCUGUCUGCCUUCUCCCCGCCUCACUGCCUGGAUCUCCCUUCCUGCCUGCGGUCUGCCUUCCAGCACCUCGCGCCCUGUUCCAGAUCUGCCUUUUUCCCAGGGUGAAAACACUUCCGGUGGCCUCUCACAGACCGUGUGGCCUUACAUCGCCCCAGAAGCAGGGCACCUCAGUUCCCUUCAGCACAGCCUGAGUAACAACCCGGUGCUUGCUGAGCAGGAGCUCUUCCAGCCACGCGGCUGCAGUGUAAGAACUGAGGGCCUUUGAGGGGAACCACGACGACCCGUGACGCGGCACACCUUCGUCCUGGAGUCGGAGCUAUGUAGAGCUGCAGUCCGCCGUUCUCAGUCUACUGCCCCUGCUUCACGGGACAGGAGCAGCCUGCAGUUUAGACGGUGCGCGGUGCCCAGCCGUUGGCUUGCAGAGUGCAGCAGAGCGGGGGACAGAAGCUAGUGGGGGGUGUCCUCCCCCAGUGCUCUGCUUGCCGCGAAAUGCCACCUCUGAGAGGACGUCAGCAGAGCCAUCUAGAAGUUGAGCUAACCGGUAGUCACGAGGUCUUUCUUGCAGCGCGUUUUUACUGUAGUUUAUUGAGGUCUGUUUUGUUUUUUAAGAUUAAAAUGCAUCAUUGAUUUUCUGCCGAGGGUUGAGAGUUAGUGGGGAAAUAUUUUAUGCCAAUUUUGCUAGAAUUCAAAACAACCUUAGAGUAAAUAAUUGUAUCAUGAACUCUUUGAGAAGAUGACCUGGAUAUUUAAAUGUUAGAUUCGUGAUUUAUUCAGUCGACGUUGUAAGCAUGUGAAGUGCGUUCUCUUCCUGAUUCUCUUUUCUGAGGCACCUUUGACCCUGAAGUGUAUCCAGAGGCUUCGGAUCCGGGAGCCCUGCGACCCUGCUUGUUGGGUAGCCGCAGCCCGUGCAGUACUGGGAUCUUCCUGUAGGUGGAGCUACGCUCACAGCGCACCCAUGACGCGGUUUCAUCACAGCUGUACUUUGCCUUCUUUUUUUAAGUCUAAAUGAUGAGUAGCGUACAGAAUGCUGAUUAUAGAAGUUAUUGGUAAUAUGUAUUCAUAUGUAUCAGACUAAUCUCACAAGAUUUCCUUAAUAGAUAUGCAGUUCUUCUGUGCUAUGAACCAUUUAGAACUGGUGCUCCAUAUAUUAUGUCACUUUAACUACAGCUCUUGCUACUUGAGAACAUGUUCUCUGCAAGCCUUAUUGCACACAGCACUGCCGUGUUAACUUUAAAAUUUUAAAAUUUUCUGUGUAUACUUGCAUCAGGAUUGGAUAAUUCCAUUAGAUUCUUUUCUUAUAGGAACAUUGGAAAUACUGGUCUUUCUAAUCAUCAGCUAUCUUAGGUAUAGCACAUGAAACUAAUUUUUGUCAGAACUGCCAAAUCAGGUCAUGUGACCACGUUUGUGAUGCUUUCCUUCCCUCUACUCCCCCACUCCACCCCUAAUCAAGUGAAAAUUAAUCAGUUGUAUGGUUCUUUGUGUUCACCUCUAUCCGGAUAUUCACCCAAGUUCCUUUUGUUAUAAUUAGGGGUGCAAGUGAGUGUUUCCUCCCUAGGUUACAGGUUCCUUAAGGAAUGGAAUUUUUAUUCAUGUUUAUAUCUAUCCACUCAUAUUGUGCUACGAGUUGGGUCAAAUAUUUUAGUGUUCAGUAAAUGUUCAUUGGGUUAAAUUGAAUAAAAAAUGAGGACUUGGGUACUGAUUGCUAGCAAAACUCUGUAUUUCCUAAACAAGGUUUAUUAGUCAUCUCAAAUUUUCAGCAGCGAAUUUAUUUAUUUUUUUGAAAUUGAGCAAGUGUCUUAGUGUCUGCCCUUUUCAACUAAAUGAGCAAACA